CACAACAGGGCUCGUGAGGAGGAGGGAAUAGAUCUGAAGCUGCUUUCAGACUAAUUGGAAAAAGAGCAGCUCACCGAUAAAAUAGCUUUCUACAAGAUUUAUUCUUGCACAUGCAGGGAGUGGUUAAGGUAUUUUAUAAAACCCCUUCUCCGUGAAUAUUUGCUGCUUUUCCUUGGUGGGCAGCAAGGAUUUUGUCAAGUGUGUUGGGGAGAUUUUACACCUCCAGACUCUUGUCUGGCUGCAGGCAGUUUCCUCUGGGCUUCCUGCUAAGUGGCUCUGGUGGCGGUUUUGCAUUGUUUCUCACUGAUGACUCAGAGAAACAGGAAAGAGGUCCCCUGGUGAACAAAAAGCACAACCACCAAACAGGUGCCUGUAUUCUGGUGUAGCAGAGGACAAACCACCUCAUUCUGGAUUUUUUCCUAAGAUUGUUAUCUGCAAGUAUGAGACUCAAGAGGAAUGGUUCGUACACACUGAAUGGGAAGUCCAAGGGAAAGCCAAAUGGUAAAAAGCCAGCACCAGAAGAGAAGAAACUUUACCUAGAGCCAGAAUACACAAAAUCCAGAAUUACUGACUUCGAAUUUAAGGAGCUAGUGAUGUUACCACGAGAAAUAGACCUCAACGAGUGGCUAGCCAGCAACACAACAACUUUUUUUCAUCACAUCAACUUACAGUAUAGUACAAUCUCAGAAUUCUGUACAGGAGAGUCGUGUCAGACCAUGGCCGUGUGCAAUACACAGUACUACUGGUAUGAUGAGCGGGGAAAGAAGAUCAAGUGCACUGCUCCUCAGUAUGUUGACUUUGUCAUGAGCUCAGUGCAGAAACUAGUGACAGAUGAGGAUGUCUUUCCAACAAAAUACGGCAAGGAAUUCCCAAACUCAUUUGAAUCCCUAGUGAAGAAGAUCUGCAAGUAUCUGUUCCAUGUGCUGGCCCAUAUCUACUCCUCACACUUUAAGGAGACUUUGGCACUGGAGCUGCACGGACAUUUAAACACGCUCUACACACACUUUAUCCUAUUCAUCAGGGAGUUCAACCUCGUGGACCCUAAAGAGACCACCAUCAUGGAUGACCUCACAGAGGUCCUCUGCAGCAGCAGCGGGAGCAGCAGUAACGGGAGUGGCAACGGGAGUAGCAACAGCGCAGGAGCACAGAACCAUGUGAAAGAGAGAUGAGCCUUCCUCCAGGAUCAAAACAAACAUUAAAAACAAUAUUAUAUGUUCUGUGUGUAUGUGUAUGUAUAUGUUCAGAUAUACAUACAGACAUAUACAGCAAUGAAAGCUGAAAGAAAUUCUGCUGCCACCACAGGAUGUGUAGUCACGGGACUGUACGGAGCUUUGGUGUAAUGUGCCACUUGGCAAGAAGUUGCACCGAUUUUAUUUUCUGUCCACUCCUCCUUUUACCUGUUCAGAUGGAUGACGAGUGCUGUUUUUAGAGAAAAGCCAAGCUUGAGUGGGGCCACUCCUGGUUAUUUUGGUUGUUGGUUUGGUUUGGGGGUGGUUGUUUUGGUUUUUGUUUGGUUUUU